AUGGUGAUAGCUCUACGUUGGGGGACUGCCCUUGUGAUUUCUGUCGCACUCUGGUUUGGUGCCUUAUAUGCUCCAGUUAGCCGACCCCAUUACUUGGAUCUCAUAAUAUUGUACUCACCUGUUGUCGCUGUUAUCCUCUUCGGGAUGUUCUCAAUCUUCUUCGUAGUGUAUGGUGUGCUGACGUUCAACGAUUGUCCUGGCGAGGAUGAAAAAUUAAAGCAACAGAUCAAUGAAGCUAAAAGAAACCUACAAAAAUCUGGCUUUGAAUUUUAG